AUGUUCGAAAAAAUUAAAGAAAUUAUCGUGCUAAAGGAAUCUACAGAUUUGAACAAUCCCGACUUAAUACCAUUACCACCCAGUAGACGACUCUGGAAUCUCUUUGGGUAUCUUACUUAUUGGGGACUCGGUAAUCUAACAAUUUCGAUAUGGAUGGGGGCAUCUUCCCUCUUAUCAUUAAAUUUGAAUGUGAGUCAGACCAUGGGUGUCAUUGUCGUCGGGAACUUCAUAAUUAACGUGUUGGCAGUGCUCAAUGGGCAAAUCGGAACUGAUAAUCACAUCGGCUUCUCUAUUUCUCAGCGAGUCAUAUUUGGCAUGAAAGGAUCGUCUAUCGGUAUCUUCAUUAGAAUAGUGUUGUCUGUUGUUUGGUUUGCAUCCCAGGCUUGGAUUGGAGGACUAUGCGUAAAUUGCGUGAUAUCUUCCUUUAGUAAGCACUAUUUGUAUUUACCUAACACAUUCCCUGAGCUGGUUAACAUGACUUCAAAGGAGCUCAUUGGUUUCGUAUUAUUCCAAAUAAUUUCUGUACCAUUCUUAUUCAUAAAGCCAGAAAGAUACGACAAAGUGCUAGGCGCCGCCUCUUUUGUAACAUUUUUCGUGUCAUUAGGGAUAGUUUCGUGGGCAGUGACAGAAAAUCAUGGUAAUGGUCCUUUGAUGUCAGGAAAGAUUGAACUCACGAGAUCUGAAACUUCUUGGGCAUGGAUAUACGGCAUCACUUCUUGGUAUGGUGCUUUGGCUGCUGGAGUAACAAAUCAUCCCGACUUCACGAGGUUUGCUAAGACACCAAGUGCACCCUUAAUAGGAACGAUUGUUGGUUGCAAUGUAUUUGGCAUAAUAACACCAUUGAUGGGGACAGUUACAGCUUCGGCUUUAGAAGAGAAGUAUGGAGAACAAUAUUGGAUGCCUACAAGUAUCAUCAACUUAUGGAUGGAAACAAAUUAUACACCAAAGGCUAGGGCGGGAGCUUUCUUUGCGGGCUUGGCGUACACUUUUUCUCAAGCCAGUUAUAAUACGUAUGGUAAUGGGUUUGCAGGAGGAAUGGAUCUAUCUGGUCUUUUUUCAAAGUCGUCUAAAAUUUUUAAUAUUAGAAGAGGAUCAAUUUUCGUAGCUUUAUUAUCUUGGGUCGUCCAGCCUUGGUUAAUGUAUAAUACGUCUUCCACCUUUGUCACCGUUAUGUCCUCUUUCUCAGUUUUCAUGACACCGUUAAUUGCGAUUGUGAUAUGUGACUACUGGCUAAUACGAAAAAGAAAACUUAAAUUGAAAGAUCUUUACUCAAGCGAACUGAGCGGCUCAUAUCAUUUCUAUCACGGAGUAAAUAUUAGAGCAGUUGUUUCAUGGCUCUUAGGGUUUAUCUGGGGUGUUCCGGGACUUGCUGCUGCUGCAAAUCCCAAAUUGUCAAUUCCACAAGGAUUACACAACUACUAUAAAGGAAGCUUAUUUUUUGGGUUUUGCAUUGCUUUCGUUUUAUAUUAUAUUUUCUGUUUAGUUUGGCCCAUUUCUGACGCUGGGUCGUUUGAUAAAGUAGAUUACUAUGGAACGUAUACAGAAGCAGAAGCAAUAAAGAAGAACAUGAUCCCAUUCGACGUUAAAGUGUUUGAGUCGGAAGACAAAGAUACUCAACUUAGAGUUGUAACGUCCCAUCCUGAGCUCAAGGAUCAUGUUUCUAUGACUGUGUCUACUUCAGCUUUGAGCGGGAAUACCAGCUUGUAG